UGUAUUUAUAAUAUAGCAACAAAAUUUUCGUUUUGUAACAAGGAACCUUUCACGAUAUAUCGCUAGCUUAUUUGUGUGAAAUUUAGUAAACGUCGAGUAAAAGCGCAAGAAUGAGUAGUUCGUCUUUAUGUGUUAACUGUUCAAUGCAAUUUACGUUGUUCAAGCGAAAGGUAUUUUUAAAUUUUUUCCUGAAUGAUGUAACAUAUUCUCGAGCAUAUUUGUGUGUAGUACUGUACGUUAUAUAGUUAUAAGUAUUGAAUAGUAGGUACCGGCAAAUCCAAGUAUAUAUAUUUAGAAUAUUAAAAUUGUUUGAUUCUUUAGAGUGGAUAUUUAUAAUUUGAUAAAAUCAGGUGUUAUAUUCACAGAUGGCUUAUACCAGUGACCUCCAUAAUAUAUGUAUAUAUCUGGAGUGAGAAUUCCACGAAGCUGGCAAAGCAUCAGAGGCGAAGCAUGUGCCAAACAGCACCAAAUAAAAGCGGAUGCCAGACAGCACCUCCACUAAUUUUUCAGGGAAUGGACGAUACCAGUUUUUCAAAUCUGAUACGAUACCUAAUACAAUACUACACAUUUUGGUUGACACCGAUGACACAGAAUACUACACAGAAGUCCAUCUCCAUUGUUUUUAGCGUAAGCUCUAUUCGUCAUGAUUCGUCACUCAGCAAGUACCGUAAACAGAAGCAGUCCCCCUCCUGGAAAGACUAAAAAUGGCGUAUGUCCAGGGGGGUGAUUGCUUCUGUUUACGGUACUUGCUGAGUGACGAAUCAUGACGAAUAGAGCUUACGCUAAAAACAAUGGAGAUGGACUUCUGUGUAGUAUUCUGUGCCGAUGAUGUCACAUUGAUCAAUCGACCAUUUGCGUAAUAGACUAAAUUUUGAUCUAGACAAAAAUUUUAUCACAGCUUGAAAGAGCAUCACAAAAUUAGUAAUAUUCCAAAGUUUCAUUGCGAAAUGUUGUAAAAUGCGGAUAUUUUCAGUCAUUUUAGAUUACAAACGGGAAAUUGACAGCCCCAAAAAUUUUUGUCUAGACUUGUUCAGAUCAAAAUUUAGUAUAUUAUGCAAAUGGUCAAUUUGAUGUCACAUUGAUCAAUUUGAUGAUGUCAUCAAGUAAAAGUGAUCAUGAACUAGUCUAUCUUUAUUCAUAACUCAUGGCUUCUGUCUUUUAUAAAUACAAUUGUGACCACGAAGGUGAAAGUUCACAUAGCCUUAUUAUUUUUACAAAUUUUGCAUACAGUUCAUAAAGCACCCUACAUUACUGUGAUUUUUAUAAAUGCAGACCAAACAUAUCACAUCAAAAUUACUGUGUUGCAAAUAUCAAAAGUGUCGAUACUUCUAGUAUCAGUAUUUGGUAUCGUAUCAUGCCCAUUCCUAUUAGUGCUGUGCGCCGGAGUUGCCGGAGUUCUGCCGGAGCAACGGCGGUUUUUCCGACACCAGAGCAGAAUUUUGUAUGCCGGAGCCAGAGUUACGAUUCCCGGCUCCGGCAAAAUGACAAGAAAACAAUAUGAAAUGAGACAAAUGUCAAACGAUUGUUAGUUACUGCAAACUGCCAAUUGCUGUUAAUGAAUUCAUCAUAGACUCAAACUGCCACAGGAACAGCGUCGAAAAGCUGUAAUACGAUCGCAACUUACAAACGUCAUGCUUUCAUGAAGCCAUCUGACUUAGUGCUACAUACUGUAGUCUGUGUAUUCAUGCCUUGUAGAUGACGAAAAAGUACAAAACAAAUAAAUAUCAACCUUUUGAAAAUGGCAGAGUACUUUGUUUGUGUGCGAACAAUUCCGCUGUGGAGUCUGAGAGUGUUAGCGUCAUGCCUCGUGUCAAAGAUUUUUCGAGGCUGGUUUAGUAUUUUCACUGUUUUGUUUCCUGAGUUAUGUUAUCUGAUAAUUAGGAAGCGCGAAAAGGGUUAUUCAUAAUAAUAAUAAUAAAUGUUCUCUGAUCGUAAAACAUUUAUUUAAUAUUUUGAUGUGGCCGGAGCCGGAGCUCAGAGCUGUAAUUCGGCUGGAGCCAGAGAUGAAAAACCGGAGUUUGCACAGCACUAAUUCCUAUAUUUCUGUUCUUUCUUUAGAAUCGUUGUUCAGCAUGUAGAUUGUCAUACUGUUCAAGCUGCUUCAAAAAAGGAGAAACCCUUCCUCAUAGAAAUGUCAAACACUGCCUGAAAUGUCACGCUCUGUCGUCACAACCUUUGGUAAGAUCUGAGCUUAUGUUACUGUCAAUCAAGGAACUAAAGGCAUUUUUGGAACAGAAAAACGUAUCUUCAACAGGCUGUAAGGAAAAGGGUGAUUUAGUCGAUGUGAUUAUCAGUUAUCAAACUAGACCCCAAGUAGAGGCACCUCAUGUUAACGAACCUCAUGUUAAUGAACUUCGUACUGAUGAACCUCAUGCUAGCACACAGCCAUCGGCAAGUGGUAGCUCGAGUCAAACUCAGCGGCAAUCAAAUACCCGGAAUCCGUCACAAGGAAUGAACGAUUUCUUUGGCGGAUUACAAAUCAAUCCCGAAAUUCAUAAUUUUGUCCAAAGUAUGUUUCAGUUGGAUGAGACUGGAUUUAGGGGAUUACGGCCACCAAGUCUGGACGAGAUGAAUAAUAGUCAAUCUAGUCAACAAAUGAGCUACGGCAGUCCUAGUUAUCAAGUAAGAAUGCAGGAUCAGGAUGACUUUACACCUUCAUGUGUUUGUCCAACACAGGUUUGUAACAGAUUUACACUACCAUAACUUGAGAUGAAAGGCCUUCGCUCAACACAUCAAACUUCUGCCUGUAUUUUCAGGCAGUUGUAUUCAAGGGUGGGUAGUAGCGAAGUAGUUGUAGUAGCGAACUACAAUUUUCAAGUAGCCAGUAGUUUUUGUAGCUAUAGUUAUAUUUGCCUAAAAGUAGCCAAGUAGUUGAUUACUUUUCAAACAGAGAAUCGCUAUUCGCUACUUUUUAAAAUUGUUAGUAACUUGAUAGAAUAGCAUGAUAUUGAGACACGGUUUGCUUAAAAUCAAUACUCAAUUAUUUUGCACUCUUGAACACUGUAGUGCUUACAAACAUGUUGCUUUGUGUUUAUUGUUGCUACUUGUAAGUCAAUUUGUUAUAGGUUACAUUUCAGCCUAGUUAGUAGAUGCUCCAAAUACAGUAAAACUAAAAAUAUAGCGUAGCGAAAUAAUUUUUUAAGCAGUAAUUGUAGUCAGUAGCAAACUACCUUUUGUUCAAAAGUACCGUAGUUGUAGCUGACUACACAUUUUUGAAGUAGCUGUAGUUAUAGCAAACUACAAAAAUUUUAAUAAAAAAAGAACUUAUAACAAAAAUUUUGUAGUCAACCCACCCUUGGUCGUAUUCCUAUCAAUCCACAAUUUUAUUGGCAUUACCUACACUGGCACAGACUGUUCACAAUUUACAUGCUUUUGCUUUGAGUUGAACUGUGUAAAUUAAGCAAACAAUUCACCUAUGUCAAUGUAGGUGAGUUAUGUUGAUUUACACAGUGCAACUCAAGUUAUAAGCGGGUUUUAGGAAAAAGUUUUGUGGAGUAAAUCGGGCUCGACAAAAUCAAAAUACAACGCAUUCCCUGACAGUUUAGUUUACAGCAGUUUCACGAGAUACGCGACCACCUCAAGCAAAAAGUUUGAGAGCAUAUUUGUUUUUGACAUUUAGAGGUGGUCACUAAUUCAAAAUCAGAAACGCCACAGAUUUACAUUGAGGCUAUUUAUAGAAUAAAUAAGUUGUUAAAAAUAUAUUUUUAUUCGAUUUUGUCAAAUAAUUGCCAGAAUAUUGUCUUCCAUUGAGAAAUAAAAUUCAAUUACCUUUACCUGUGCACUUUGAGACACUCUGUGUCUUAUGCCUGGGGAUAUUAAAAUCACAUCCAACUAACACAUAAAGAUAAGUACACCUUGUAGUAGAGAUAAAUGAACUUUAUUUCUCAAUUUAAGACAAUAUUCUAGCAAGGAAUCGAAUAAAUACAUAUUUUUAAGGAUUUAUUAUUUUAUAGACGCAACGGGAGUCUGUUGACGUUUCUGAUUUUCAAUUACAGUAGUGACCGCCCUUAAAUGUCAAAACCAACUAUUGCUCUCAAACUUUUUGCUCGAGGUGGUCACAUAUCUCGUGAAACUGCUGUAAUAUAUAGGAUUUAAUAUAAUAGGAUUUGUCACAAAAUUACAUUACAAUAAUAAUAAUGCAUAAGUGACAGGAGAAGGAAACAGGAUAAAAUCCAAAUUGAUACCAUCUCCCUUGUGUGCAGAUUAAUAAGUAUAGAAAUAUCACCAUUUAACUCCAGCCCCCACAUGUAAUUAUUGUUUUUUUUCUAUUAGGUUGAAGCUAGAUCUAAAAUAUCUUUGCAAAGUUUGAGAGAUGAAAGUGAUAUCAGAAAGUUGUCAGCAAAAGAAUUAAAAGUUUUAUUAGAUGAUAAUUUUGUUGAUUACAAAGGCUGUGUUGAAAAAGAAGAACUCAUUCAACGUCUUUUGAUGCUCUGGAAAUCUAAGAAACUUCACCAAACUUGUCAGUUGAGUUGGUACUAUCCUUGCAUGAUCUAAUGACAUGUUAAACUCUUUGUAUUAUAAUUUUAACAACAUAAGAUCACUUUUUUAUCAUCUCAUAUCCCUUCCACACCCAACAAAAUUGAACUA